AUGCGCAAGCGGGAACGCGAGCAGCGUGAGCGUGAGGCGCGAGAACGCCUGGCCAAAGAGAAAGCCCGCAAGCAACAAGAGGCGUUGGAGAAGGAAAAGGCAGAACGCGAGGCGCGCGAAGCCGAGGCACGCGCUCAAAUCGAAAAGGAAAUCCGCGAAAAGCUCGAAGCCGAGCAGAGGGCCAAGGCGGAAGAAGAGGCCGCAAAGAGGGCUGCCGAAGAAAAGGCUGCCGCCGAAGCUGCCGCAGCAAAGGCAAAGGCUGAAGCAGAGCUUGCCGCUGCCAAAGCAAAGGCAGAUGCUGAGCGAGCUGAGCGACUCAAAGCUGCACGUGAACGAGCUCAAAGAGACCGCGAGGCUCGUCAAAAGGCUGAAGCAGAAAAGGCCAAGAUCGCUGAAGCCGAAAGGAUGAGAGCUGCCGCUGAAGCCGAAAGGGUCCGAGCUGCCGCCGAAGCAGAAAGAAUCAGAGCUGCCGCCGAGGCAGAGAGAAUCAGGGCUGCUGAAGCAGAAAGAAUCAGGGCUGCUGAAGCAGAAAGGAUCAAGGCUGCCGAAGCGGCUGCGGCGGCUGCUGCUGCCCCAGAGAUUACAUCAACCCGAAGAUCUACUACAUACGGUGGCAUCGGUGGCGGGGAACGGCUCGAUCCUUAUGCAGGCGUGAGAAGUCCACCUGCUCCCUCUGUCACCUCUACCCAAUCCUCUCACAUCAAGGCCACUGUCACACCCAAGAAAAGUUACGAGAAGCCAUCUGCUAAGUCGUACCUUAGUAGUGAAGACGCUCAAUCUUUCGUGCCGCCUCCUCGGUCUACCACUGCUCGAUCACAUGUCUCUUCGCAGUACUCUGAAUCCUCUUACGCACCAUCGCAGUCGACUGCACGCACAACGCCUCCAGCUUCUCGGAGUGGACCAUACUCGACAGCCGACCCCAACAAGAUUGUCAUCAAAGCCGUUUAUCUCUUCAAUGACUUGUUUCCAAAGCCUGUUGCACAGCUUGUCGCCAAUGUGGGCAGGGUCACUGACGGUCUGAUCCUCAAGAUCCAGUCCGAGGGUCUUUUCAUCGACGACGACGUUCGAGGCAUUCCACAGCGUGAGUGGGAUGUCAAGGCUUGGACUCUGAAGAUGGUCGAGACGGGCAAACAACCCGCCAAGAACCUGCACAUUCUGCGUGCCUCGAUCCGCGAUACCGACGGCAAAAAAUACGUCUUCCUCAUUGAUGAAAACGAAAGCUGGAAACUUAAUCUUGGCCUGCAGCGUCUUCGCAAGGGCAGCCAAGUGCGUAGUCUACAGUCUGCCCAGAUGGCUCCCAACGAGAUUGCCCGUGUGCUCAACGCCGUACCGCCAGUUAACAUCUAA